AUGCUCAAAGUCAACCACAACCACUCGGCCGACGAAGAAAAUGUUCACAUCCACAUCGCCAUGAACCAACAGCAGGCCGCGAAAACUGUGAAGAUGAGCCUCGCAUUUGGACAAGCCAUGGAUGCAGGUCGGCUCUCCAUCAACUUCUUGCAACAAGACUCCCAUGGCGUUACUGUCGUCAGUCAGAUGGCCGAGGAAUUUGGGUGUAUUGGGGUGCAUAUUUGGAUGAUGACCUGCCACUUCGCAGCGCCUCUGGGUGAAGGCGUACAAUUCUCUCCAAGAUCAACAAAUCAACGUGCAGCUGAUAAUAAUUUGUCAGUGCCCCGAGCAACAGCCAACAGAGUUCAGCAGCAUGCGAACGAGGAGAUACGGCCGACGGAGCAUAUCAUGGUUGAAUACAUCCAGAGGAGAUUGUAUAAGGUGGUGGAUGCUUAG